CUUGUAUAAGUGGAGUGGGAACAGAGCAUAUUUGAAGAGCAGUUACAAUUGUUGUAAUCACGUUAGCCAGUGGUGGAAAUGGUAGAAAAAGUAGAUUGUCAGGAUUGUCCAAAAUAGCUAGAUCCAAAAAAGAAAUGCUUGCAGCAAUAGUUUUGGCUAAACAUAAAGGAAAAGGAGGAGGUAGAACUCGACGUCCAUCCAUACCUAUAGCUAGUAGCAAUGUGCGGAAAACUGCAUAUAUUUCUGACGCGCGUAACAAAAGCGAAAAAAAUGCUUUGUUAAAACAGGUUGUGAAAGUUUUGAGUAUUUCUUUCACUCGUGAGCUAUACUGAUGAUAAAGAACUCACGAGUUUAUUCAGAUGUYGAAAGAAUGAAGUGUAACACAUAGUUUUUGUCACCUAAUUACCGAAGGUAUUGUUGUUUUUUGAUAUAMAACCUGCACGAGUAUUGGCAAAGAAGCCAGACUUAACCAUACCUCUUGGUGUUCGGACCUGUUUCUAGUUCAAAAUCAUGGAAGAUGAAAACAUUUUUUUGAGAGCAGCUCUCAGCAAAAGUAUAGAAAUACCAACGGUACAAUUCAAGAAACCAGAAUUGACAAGCGAAAGCAGGCCUUCUUGUUCGUAUUCGAAAACAGACGACAUGAAAAGAGGUAAACCGCCCAGCAAAGCAAGAAGAAUGUCGACUGAGUCAAAACCUCGUUGAAGUAAAAUACGAAGUACCGAAGUAGAAAAAGUGCUAGUAGGUGAGGGGUUUCGCAAGUAUKGCAUGGACAGCAAGGCAACCGUUCAUUUCAUGAUAAAGCACCAAGAAAUGUUAGACGACGACCUAAAGAGUUACUAUGAAUCAGUGAGGAAGCCAGGUGGCCUGACAAUGAAUUCAGCAAUAGACAGGGUUCGAAGGCUGCAGAAAAAGAAACUAGAGAAAUUGAGCCGUGAAUCUUCACCAAAGAACGAAAAAACACUUGCUUGUGAAGAAUAUUGUAGUGAAGACGAUUCUGAACUGAGUGGACAGGAUGCCUGGGAAGAGGCAGCAGAAACGACGAAGAAAAAAGAUACUCGAUUUGUCAAACCUAUCUUGCAAGACUCUUUGUCGUGGGAAGAUGUCGUGGCUGCGAUUAACAACGACUGUGACACUACAGAAAGCACAGAAAAAACUGGCAUGUAAACGUAUGUUACAAAGCAAUAUCUUAAAACUGAGGGCAAAUAUUUUACCCGUGAAAGAUUUGGAAGGAAAUUAU